AUGGAUUUGCUGGAUAAUUUGGAUAUAUCCUUGAAUAAAAGAACAAAAUCAUAUCAAAAAGAGAAUGAUAAAGAUGUUGAAGCUGAACUUGAAAUAAAUAAGCCUGUUUUGAAUGUGGAGAAGUUAGUUGAUCGUGUGAAGAAUCGAUUAGAAGGAGGGAACUCUAAUAAAUUCACAGCUCUCCGCACAAAAGAACUUGAUAACCUGGCUUCUAUUGAUGAUAAUAUAUAUGAAGGGGAGCAGAUUGAUGACGAAUAUCUAUCCAUGCACAAUGCUCCAAAAAGUCCUAGAGCAUCUACCCAAACACAAGUGAUAGAAACUGAAAGUACGUCUCAAACCCAAAUCAUACAACCUGGGCCUGCUGUGACUUACAAUGCGCAAACAAAUACUCAGCUGCAGGAAACGCAAAUAUAUACACAAGUCAUAGAGAAAGAAUAUAAAAAUGGGUAUCGGAAUAGUAUGAGUACCAAAACUCCCCUCAAUACAAACUCUAUUGAUUUACAAAAUUUACGAGAUAAUCAGACUUUCCCCGCAGAAAAAUCAGCCCCAAGCUCGUCUUUUCAAUUUAAACUUGGUCGUGAUCCUGCGUAUAGUCUGUUAAGCAACACUACAGGAAUUACUGAAAAUGUCCAUACCACAGAAGUGAUACCAACACAGCUGGAUACGCAAAAUGCCGACACAUCUUCAGAACGAGAAGAGCAACAGAAACAAGAAGAAAAGCAAGAGAAGCAGGAAGAGAAUAAUGAAGAGAAUAUUAGUAAAAAGAAUAUUCCCAUUGAAACUAUCCCUCUAAUGAUCACCAAUAAAAAAUACUCACCACAACAAUUUAUAGAUGCUUUUGAUGAAUCCGAUUCUUCCAGUGAAUGUAAAACGUCAGACUAUGGAAAUAAUGUUCAAGAUAACAAACCGAUAAGUAACCAUGUUGAAGGAUCAAAUGACAUUUCGAUUGCAACGAAGAUCAGAAACGAAAAUGUUACUAUUAAAGCUAGGAACCAAACUGUAAUUGAACUAAACUCUUCUUCUGAGUCCGAAGAUGAUUUUAAUUCAAUAUCAACGAAAGCUGCGUUAUUAGUAAUAAAAGCUAAAAGAUCAAAGAACAAAAAAGCAUCUACCACUAGCACUCCUACCCCAAAAACAGAUUCUUUAAAGGAAUUGUUCACUUCGUUAAAAGUAAAAAAUAGAAAACAAAUACUUGAACAUAGAAAAGAACUCUCUGACAAGAAGGGUAUCUCGAUUGAAGCUAUUGAAAACGAGAAAAUUCAAGUUGAAAAGCUCUUGGAACAAGAAUUGGAAAGAAAUAGAAGAAUAAAAAUGAAGGAAAAAAGAGAAAGAGAGAAGAGUAAAACUGCCAAUCAACUUUCUAACACCUCAGAAAUCAAUGAAUCUGAUGUACCCGAGAGUGAUGUUAUGGAAAGCGACAUUAGUCUUUUAGAGGAUGACGUGGCUCAGAGUUCUGACCCAGAAGAUAUUAACGAUAUGAACACUGAAGAUGGUAAUAUAAUAGAUAAAAAGAAAAUUGUAAAUCCUAUUAUACAGGAUGACGAGGACGAAGAAGAAAACGGCAAAGGUGCAAGUGAUAGCGCAGAUCACAUGAAUGCGUCCACAAAUGGAAUUGGAAUUAAUUUGGGCCAUUACGGUGAUAAUCUCGACUUUACUUCGGCUCAGGAACGUGAAACCGACAUUGAAGAUGAGCCAAUUCCAAAAUUAAUGAUACAUUCAAAAAGAAGCUCCCCAGGAAACAGGAAAUUGCUUCUAGGAGAGCUCAGCUCAUCAUCUGAGGAAAGCUCCGACUCAUAUACCUCUUUAAAUGAUGAGGAGAAAAAAGAACUUCUUUUAAAAGCCAAACUUAAAAGAAGAGAAGAAGCGAAGUUAGCGAAAAAGCGUAAAGCUGAGCUAAAAUCUAGCGGAAUCAACAAAAUUUUUGAAAUGGAAGCUGAAGAAUCUGAAGAUGAAUGGCACGGAGUUGGAGGAGCUGAUGGAGAGAAUUCUGACGAUUAUGAUUCCGAACUUGACGAUAUGUUGGACGAUAUAUCAAGAAACAAGUUUGAUACAGCUGCAAUACGACAAAAACUGGCUGCUGAGAAUAAAGAGCUCGAUGAAAAGAUGAUAAACAAAAUAUUACAUGAUAUUAAAACUGGCGGGUUUCGUAAAAGAGGGAAGGGUGCCCUAGAUUUAGAAUUAUCUGAUGAUGAGGAUGAAUUUUUACGUGAAUUUAGAGAGAGAAGAAGAGAAGAGAUGAGAAGAAAAAUUCUUGCAAAUCCAGAUGGAUUGCCUAAUAACGAAAAGUCAAAAGCGUUCUUUGAAUCUAUGAUAGAAGAAACAGAUAAAACUAAUGUUCAUACACAACCAAACCAUGAUCAGGUUGAAGAUAACAAAAAGAAACUAAUUAUAUCGGAAGAGUUUGUCCAAAGUUCGUUGUCAUUUUUAAGCGCCAAAGAUGAUGAAAUCAAUGAAUUCAAACUAACAAGAACUACUAAAGGGGAACUAGAAGACUUGGAAUCAUUAAAGCAAGUAAGUUCCAUUAAAGUUAUGGAGUCCCCAGACAGCAGACGGAAAAGAACCUAUUCUGAUGAUGUUGACGAGGCGUCCGUCGACUUUAAAUUACCUAGUAUCAUCAAGUCAUUCUCAUCAAAUGCUGAUAUAAAUGACAAAUUUAAGACGGGUGUCAAAACGGUGACAGUAUCGAAAUCUUAUAAGGUGGCUGCAGGGUCGAAGUCAGCGGUUACCUUUUUAAGAAAGAAAAGAAAAUUGAGGGCUCCAAAGGCUCAUGACAGUAAGAAAAGUCUAAAUCGCAAAUCGACAUCCAGCUUGUUUGAUUCGAAUGCUGAUAGCUUCAGUUAG